UAGAGUCAUUUUGUAUAAUUGGGUCCAUUAAAAUUCCAAAAUUGAAGAAAAUGUGUUGACGUUUUGGUUCGACUGAUGCAUUUAUGGUUCGGUAAUGCCGAAGCUGAUAAACGUCUAGUUUCCCGCUCUUCUUCAGCUUGUGUCAGAGAUUACUUAAUCCAGUCUUUAGAGAGAGAAUUUUUAGAGUGAGAAAGUUUCUGAAGAAUUUUGGGAAUAUAUAUAUAUACAUCAACACUUCCUGAAAUCUCCUCACUCUUUCUUUCUCUGUUAAUUUUAGCUUCUGGGUAUAAUAUUAGCUUCUGGGUAUUCUAUGAAAUGGCAAAAAGUUGGAUUGUUGAUAGUAAAGGGAUUGCUAAGAAAGUAAGGCAUGCAUCCUUACCUUCAGGUGUGCAGAUUAAAGACUGUGGAGCAAAGCGCGAAUGUCCAAAAUGCCAUCAUUGGAUUGACAAUAGCGAUGUGUCAUAUGAAUGGCCUGGUCUGCCUGCUGGUGUAAAAUUUGAUCCUUCGGAUUCACAGCUUCUUGAACAUCUUGCAGCAAAAAGUGGUGCAAGAGAAGUAAAACCCCAUGCAUUCAUCGAUGAAUUCAUUCCAACACUUGAGAUGGAUAAAGGGAUUUGCUACACUCAUCCGCAAGAUCUUCCAGGAGCUACUAAAGAUGGAAAUAGUAUUCAUUUCUUUCACAAAACUUCAAAUGCAUAUGCUUCUGGCCAGCGAAAGAGGCGCAAGAUUCACAAUGAGCAAAAUCAGGAGAACGUCCGCUGGCACAAGACUGGAAAGACUAAACCUGUGUAUGACAAUGGAGUUCAGAAAGGCUGCAAAAAGAUUAUGGUUCUUUACAAAAGCUCGGAAAAGGGAUCCAAGCCUGUCAAGUCAAACUGGGUGAUGCAUCAGUACCAUUUAGGCUCUGAAGAUGAUGAGAAGGAUGAUGCAUUCGUAGUUUCAAAAAUAUUCUACCAACAAUCAAAGCAAACUGAAACAGAAGACAAUGGUGUAGCUGCUACGGAUGAUUCUAAUGCUGUGCUCAAUCCAUAUUGUCCGAAGACUCCUAAGAUUGUUACACCCAAUCCUCCUAGAGGAAGCUCUGCCCACUGUGAUGAUGCUUUGGAUGAUAAUGUGCUUGCUGCUGCUGAGGAUACAACAUGUGCAAAGGUAGAAUCUUGUAUAACUCCAUCCACUUCAUAUAUGGGAAAUGUCGACCCUCCUGAAUUGGCAGGGGAGUCUCAGGUUCAAGACCCUGGCUUGAAUGACUUUGGCUUGAAUGACUUUGGCUUGAAUGACUUUGAUGAAUCGUUGCUCUGCAAAGAAAUUUUUAGUUCUUGUGCUCCUCUCGACGACACCAUGAGCUUAAAUGACUUGGAUGACUAUUGCCAAUCUUAUGGCAUCAGCAAUUUUGAUAACAUACACCUAGACAGUGAGCUUCAGUUUGCAGAUUUACUGCUUGGUUCUCAAGACAGCGUUCUUAAUUGGGUGGACAAGCCAUGAUAGAAUCAGCUGGUGGAUUCCCAAUUUUGUAAGGACACACCCCAUGGCAAAUAUCUUCGCCGUUGCUUUCUUUCAGGGUUACACUAAGGGAUUUCCGUCCAAUGUUAGCAUUCCCAUCAUCAAUUUUUCUUUGCCGUGACACACAAAUACGUAUUCUUUUGACGACUGGACGACUGUUGAAGCAAAGAGAGCCUUUCUAAUCUUGUGUUAUAUUCCUCAGAAAUGUUUAGCAAAGGAAAAUAUUGACUUUUUUUUUUUUUCUUCUUUUUUCAGUUACUUGUAUGAUUCUGUAUCCUAACUUGUGACAAGGUUGUUUAGUUGUUUGUGCUGUUUAAUGCAAUCUAUAUGUAUAUACUUUGUGUAUAUUAUGUCUUCGUGACUAAGUACUUGUGAUAACCUACAAUAUCAUGCUUUGAUGAUUAUGGACUAUGAUUAGCAAUUUAUAGAUAGUUUGAUACUGGUGCAUUUAUAGCUCAUACCACAAUUCAGGUUAGCAUAAUAAUGAGUA